AUGAAGGUUCAAAACGUCUUCUUUCUGCUCGCUGCCCAGGCAAUUGGGGGUGUUAUGUCUGCUCCCAUCGCUGCUUCAGCCUCUACCUUACAGACCAAGGCUAUCGAGAAGAAGGGAGUAGCGGAAGUUUGGGCCAAUUGGAAUCAUCCCGGUGCAUUGAAAACCGAAGUUCCGGCAGAGGAAGCUGAGAAGAGAGGUGUAGCUGAAGUGUGGGCAAAUUGGAAUCAUCCCGGUGCAUUGAAAACCGAGGUCCCGGCAGAGGAGGCCGAAAAGAGAGGUGUAGCUGAAGUCUGGGCCAACUGGAACCAUCCUGGUGCAUUGAAAACCGAGGUCCCGGCAGAAGAAGCCGAAAAGAGGGGUGUAGCUGAAGUCUGGGCCAACUGGAAUCAUCCUGGUGCAUUGAAGACCGAGGUUCCGUCAGAAGAAGCCGAGAAGAGAGGCCUUGCUGAAGCAAGGGCGAACUGA